AUGUGUCAAUAUAUGCAAAGGCAUGUGUUUGGAACCCGCACAGGGUCCAUUCUUGCUCGCCAGAGUCAGAUCUCUGCUGUGUCGAAGCACCACACCUCCCACCCAAGAAAGUUAAGGACUGUCAUCAUUUGGAAGAACUAUCUCAUUCCUACCGGUGCGGCUGUGAUUGGGAACCAUUGGGCUAUCGCAAAUGAUCCUGAAGUCUUCCCACAACAACACAAGUUUAAUCAGCGCUGGGUUGGAUUGAUGAUACAGGUCAUGUGCACAGCCUUGAUCUCCAAUUUUUCACUUAUGGUUUUGGCUGUUGGUCGCACGUUGCCUAGUCUGCUAUACUUGAGACGACAAGUGCAUUUGACCCUAAAGGGGAAGCGAGUGCAGCAAGGAUCUAGUAGGCGCCGAAGGCGCUACUGGUUGGCGAAUGUGAAGUGCGGGAAAGCGCAGUCCUCUGUCAUUCUCGUGGUAUGGCGCCUAAGCGCUGUCAUGCGGAGCCGAAGUGCUACCGAGUAA